UGCCCGGCGGCCAAUCCAGGUCGACGUUUCUAGCGCCCUCUUUAACUACGAGCGAGGACACGAGGGGGACUUCAAAACCGAAUUCAUUGAAGAAAACUAAAAGUUUCUCAACUUUUAUUUUGUCAUUUUUAUAUAGGUCGUCUUCUCGUCCAGGUCCGCGUCGACUUCCCAAAGGAGUAACUUCAGGAUAACAUGACAAAAAUCCUGUUAGCUUACAGCCUUGUGAAAUCUCUGAGACAAGGAUGCGUGGUUGGCAGGAAAGUGGGGAGCACGUCGGGCUGCCUGAGACUUCAAACUGCAAAACUUUUUAGUGUGAAGGCCCAGACAGCCCACCUGGUCUUGGAGGAUGGCACCAGGAUGAAAGGGUUUUCCUUUGGGCACGAGUCCUCUGUGGCUGGGGAGCUGGUCUUCAACACAGGCCUGGUGGGUUAUCCUGAGGCCCUGACUGACCCUAGCUACAGAGGUCAGAUCCUGACCUUAACCUACCCAAUUGUUGGCAACUAUGGGGUGCCCAACACCCACGAGCUGGAUGAGUUGGGCCUGAGAAAACACGUGGAGUCGGAGCGCAUCCAGGUGUCUGGUCUUCUGGUUCAAGACUACAGCCACGAUUAUAGCCACUGGAACUCGGUCAAGUCUCUGGGUCAAUGGCUACACGAGGAGAAGGUUCCUGCACUGUUUGGGAUAGACACCAGAAUGCUAACCAAGGCCAUCAGAGACAAGGGCACAGUUCUGGGAAAGAUUGAAUUUGAUGGGCAGCCUGUUGAGAUAUCUGACCCCAACCAGAAAAACCUGGUAGCAGAGGUCUCCACCAAGGAAAUCAGGGUUUUUGGAAAAGGCAACCCAAUCAAAGUAGUGGCUGUUGAUUGUGGUAUUAAACAUAACAUCAUCCGGCUGCUGGUGAAGCGAGGUGCAGAGGUCCACCUGGUGCCAUGGGACCAGGACCUGCUGAGUUUAGAAUAUGACGGCCUGUUCAUAUCCAAUGGACCUGGAGAUCCAUCUCUGGCUCAGACUCUCAUCCACAAUGUGCGCCAGGUUCUGGAGAGGGAUCGUCCCGAGCCGGUGUUUGGGAUCUGCAUGGGCAACCAGAUCACUGCUCUGGCUGCAGGAGCAAAGUCGUAUAAACUACCCAUGGGCAACAGAGGUCAGAACCAGCCGGUACUCAAUGUGAUGACGAGUCAGGCCUUCAUUACAGCACAAAACCACGGUUACGGCAUAGACAGCGCGUCCUUGCCCCCCGGGUGGAGUCCGCUUUUCAUCAACGCAAAUGAUGGCACCAAUGAGGGCAUCAUGCACAACACUAAGCCUGUUUUCACGGCCCAGUUCCACCCGGAGGCCAAAGGCGGUCCCACUGACACAGAGUUCCUCUUCGAUGCCUUCAUAUCCCUGAUCAAGAAAGGAAAGGACGCCAACAUAGUGUCAGUCAUGCCCACUAAACCCCUCAUCCCUCCCAGAGCUAAGGUGUCAAAGGUGCUGGUACUGGGUUCUGGUGGUCUCUCCAUAGGUCAGGCUGGAGAGUUUGAUUACUCUGGAUCUCAGGCUGUCAAGGCCAUGAAGGAAGAAAACCUAAAGACAGUGCUUAUGAACCCGAACAUAGCCUCAGUGCAGACCAACGAAGUGGGCUCCAAGCAGGCAGACUCUGUGUACUUCCUGCCUGUUACGCCCCAAUUUGUAACUGAAGUCAUUAAGGCCGAGCGUCCAGAUGGUAUCCUGCUGUCCAUGGGUGGUCAGACUGCACUCAACUGUGGAGUUGAAUUGUUCCAGAGCGGCGUCCUGGAGAAGUACGGGGUCAAAGUGCUUGGAACCCCAGUGGAGUCCAUCAUGGCCACAGAGGACAGGCAGCUUUUUGCUGAUAAACUGAUGGAGAUCAAUGAGAAGAUCGCACCCAGUAUUGCCGUGAAGUCGGUGUCUGAUGCCUUGAAAGCAGCAGAGCACAUAGGCUACCCGGUGAUGUUACGCUCGGCCUACGCUCUGGGUGGUCUGGGUUCCGGUCUGUGCGCUAACAAAGAGAAGCUGGAGGAGACUGCCCACAAGGCUCUUGCCAUGAGCAGUCAGAUCCUUGUGGAGAAGUCUUUGCUGGGCUGGAAAGAGGUAGAAUAUGAGGUGGUGAGAGAUGUGGCUGAUAACUGUGUCACUGUGUGCAACAUGGAGAACUUCGACCCACUGGGAAUUCACACAGGUGACUCCAUAGUGGUGGCGCCAAGCCAGACAUUGUCCAACGAGGAGUAUCACAUGCUCCGUGAGACGGCUAUAAAGGUGGUACGUCACCUUGGGAUUGUUGGCGAAUGCAACAUCCAGUACGCUCUACACCCUUCAUCGCUGGAGUACUGUAUCAUUGAGGUCAAUGCUCGACUUUCAAGAAGCUCAGCUCUGGCAUCCAAAGCUACUGGGUACCCCCUGGCGUUUGUGGCUGCUAAGCUAGCUCUGGGAAUCCCUCUGCCAGAAAUCAAGAACGCUGUAUCAGAGAAGACCACAGCCUGCUUUGAGCCCAGUUUAGACUACAUUGUCACAAAGAUUCCCCGCUGGGACCUCGACCGCUUUCAGGGCAUGUCCCGUGAAAUAGGCAGUGCCAUGAAGAGUGUUGGAGAGGUGAUGGCUGUGGGCCGGACCUUUGAGGAGAGUGUGCAGAAGGCCCUGAGGAUGUGUCAUCCAUCAGUGGACGGCUUCAUGCCCCGGCUGCCACUCAAGAAAGCCUGGGCCGACACCCAAGACCUGCAAAACGAUCUGGCUGUUCCCUCCAGCACCCGCAUCUUCUCCCUCGCCAAGGCCCUCCAUGGCGGCAUGAGUGUUGAUCAGAUCCAUAAGCUGACGUUCAUAGACAAGUGGUUCCUUCACAAACUCCGCAGGAUAACACAGCUGGAGCAGCACCUCUCAAGCUACAAGAGCAACACCGUACCCAAGGAGCUGCUGCUGAAGGCCAAGCAGGACGGCUUCUCAGACAAGCAGGUUGGUCAGGUUCUGGGUACGAGUGAGACAGCAGCCAGAGACCUGAGGCUCACUCACAGCAUCAGACCUUGGGUCAAACAGAUCGACACUUUGGCAGCAGAGUACCCCGCAAUGACCAACUAUUUAUAUUGUACUUAUCACGGUCAGGAACACGAUCUGGACUUUAAGGACCAGGGAAUUAUGGUUCUUGGUUGUGGACCCUACCACAUUGGCAGCAGCGUGGAGUUCGACUGGUGUGCGGUGUCCAGCAUCAGAGCCUUGAGACAAAUGGGCAAGAAGACGGUGGUAGUAAACCACAACCCCGAGACGGUCAGCACCGACUUUGAUGAGUGUGACCGCCUUUACUUUGAAGAGCUGACCCUGGAACGCAUCCUGGACAUCACCCAGCAGGAGGGUUGCUCUGGUAGUAUUGUGUCAGUGGGGGGUCAGAUUCCUAACAACCUGGCCGUCCCCUUGCACCUGAGCGGCGUGAAGAUUCUGGGUACGAGCCCCCUUCAGAUCGACCGAGCUGAGGAGCGCUCCGUCUUCUCCAGCAUCCUAGACGACCUCGAGGUGGCCCAAGCCCCAUGGAGGGCCCUGAGCUCCCUGGAAGAUGCAUUUUCCUUUGCCAACCAGGUGGGUUAUCCCUGUCUGCUGAGGCCCUCGUAUGUGCUCAGCGGCUCUGCAAUGAACGUUGCGUACGGAGAAGAGGAGAUGAAACGCUUCUUGGAGGAGGCUACGCUCGUGUCCCAGGAGCAUCCAGUCGUCAUCACCAAGUUCAUACGUGGUGCCAGGGAGGUAGAAGUGGAUGCUGUGGCCAAGAGUGGCAAGGUUCUGGUCCAUGCUAUAACAGAACAUGUGGAAGAUGCUGGGGUUCACUCAGGGGAUGCUACCUUAAUGCUGCCGACCCAGUCAAUCAGCCAGGGGGCGCUAGAAAAGGUUAAAAUUGCCACCCGGAAAAUUGCACAAGCAUUUGAAAUUUCGGGGCCCUUUAACACUCAAUUUCUGGUUAAAGGCAAUGAUGUCAUGGUGAUAGAGUGUAAUCUGCGGGCAUCACGCUCUUUUCCUUUUGUAUCAAAAACUAUUGGUGUGGACUUUAUCAAUGUGGCAACCAAAGUGAUGGUGGGAGAACCUUUGGAUGAGGCCAGCCUGCCCUCGCUGGAGAAACCUAUCGUUCCUGUGGACUAUGUUGGAAUCAAGGCGCCCAUGUUCUCCUGGCCACGCCUAAGGGAUGCAGACCCUGUUCUUCGCUGUGAGAUGGCUUCCACUGGAGAAGUGGCUUGUUUUGGACCAAACAUUUAUUCAGCCUUCCUGAAGGCGAUGCUCUCCACAGGAUUUAAGCUACCGCAGAAGGGCAUCCUGAUUGGAAUUCAGCAUUCGUUCCGACCCAAUUUCCUGGCUACAGCUCAUCAGCUGAAAGAGGAAGGCUUCAAGCUCUACGCCACUGAAGCCACUUCUGCCUGGUUGAGUGCCAACGAUGUUCCUGCUAUUCCCGUAGCCUGGCCCACUGAGAAGGGCGUCGACACCAGUUUGCCCAGUAUUCAAAGGCUGAUCAGUGACGGACACAUUGACCUGGUGGUCAACCUGCCCAAUAACAACACUCGCCACAUAAAGGAUAACUUCAUCAUCCGCAGAAUGGCCAUUGACCACGGUGUUCCCCUCAUUACCAAUUACCAGGUGGUGAAGCUAUUUGCUGAGGCUAUUGGUUAUGCUGGUGAGCUUGACACUACCAGCCUCUUCCACUACCGGCAGAAAGAAAACCAAAAACGAGGAACCAGCCAGCAGGGCUAGAGCCUCCCCUCCCUGUCCUCUCUGCCCUUUUGAUUCCCGUUGUAAAACAGCAGAACUAAAACACUUCUGUUUUCUUAUCCCCUAAUGUCAAGAAGGUGUUCAGGUUACAGUGGCAGGAGUUGUAGUCUAGACCAAAGCAGUUCAGUUUGUUUACUUUAUCCCAGGCUUCUUUACCUCAUAGUGUCUUGUUUGAUGCUGUGUACACAGUUUGUUUACAUGCAAAGCUUAACAGAGCUAUGCUCAAAAUUACACUUUCUGAAUGCGGUUCACAGUUCACAUGCAACGGAGAAAAUGAGAAUAACUGAUGGAAACAUGUCCUCCUCCACACUAGGUGGCGAUGACGGCACUUUCUUCAAAAUCAAUAUCAUCUGAUCUAUGAAAAGUACAAAAAGGUUCAGAAGCCUGUCAGGAAACAUUGUUACAGCUCAGUGAAGUAAAUAGCUCGCUGGUGAAAAACGUAUUUUUGUGUGUUUUGAGUUUAUACAUUGAGUACCCACUUUAAACGCAAAAAUAUGAAACUUUUUUUUAACAUAAUUUUAGUUUUUUUAUUUCAUGAACAUCGCACGUUUGUUUACAAAAUCACCAUGUCUUAUAAUGACAUAACCAGAGGAGCCGCAGCAGUCUGACAUGUCAUGAUGCGACAGCAGUGACGUCAUUAACUACACGUCAAACAACGAUACCUGUAGUGUCUGAAAGCUGUUGGUAUUGAGCUCACUACAUAAAUAAUCCUCCACUCGGUGUCUCUCAGUAUGUGUUCUCCUGGAGUGGUCAAACGUCAUCACUCGCCCAAGUACGGUUCCAGUUCAAAGUAGAGUACAGUCCAAAUACUCGAAUGUGUUUUAUAGCGGGACACAUUGCAUCCUCCCAUCUGAACUGAUUUGAUAUUGAUAAAUACCGAAGGUGAUCAAAUUAGCACAGAUGUGUAAUUGUAUGUAAUAUAAUUAGUAUUUGCUUUGGUUUACUUUGUGCCAAAACACAAGUUGUUGUUAAUGGUUAAUCACCAAUCUAUAACAAAUUGUAGAGUCAGUUACUGGUAAAUAAGAACACAUUUGUAAAGGGAGACUUAUCACAAAGGGUGAUAAUGCUGGAUUUUCAAUUAUCCACAUCCCUAAUCAUUUAUAUCCUCUACUUUAACUUUCAUUUAUGGGCCUGUGUGAAUGUGACCACAUGUAAAAAUACAUUUUCUAAGCUCUUCCUGAGUCCAAAUUUAAUCAUUUUGCUCAUUUUUUUCUCAUUUAUGAAUAUGUUUUAGUCUUAAACAGUGCUUCAGUGUAAUAUAUGGUAACAAUGUACUACAUGCUAGCUUUUUAAAGGAGAUAGAGAUGUAAUAAAGUAGGUCUUAUGCUUUUUUUUCUUUGAUAAGAAGGAAUUUUCAACCAUUUUUCAAAGGCUUCAGGCUGGAACAGUAACUGAAGUUUUAAAUUAAUUACAACUGCUCUGUUUAUAUAUUUUUGAAUUUAUCUUUGUAUAUACUGUACGUUUCAAACAGCUUCUGCAUUUGAACCUGCUCUGCAUUUUAAUUCACCACACUUCAAGUACAUAACAACCCACUGUACAGAAAGAAUAAUAACCUACUCAGUCACAUUAUGGAUUUGAUGUUUGUUAUAGUGAUAAAUCCAUUGCAACACAGUCAAGUAAGUGUUCUCUCACACGAUGUCUGGUCUGUUUCCAUGUGAUUGUAUGUUCAAGGCGUGUGCUUUGGACAGGCAUUAAAAUCAAAGUACUAAACUUCCCAAA